CAGUGUCCAUUCCGCGAUGGGCUUGUGUCCCCGGGCCUUUUUUUUUAAAGUCGAUUCGAGCGUCAUCCUUUGUGUUGCCUCGCUGAAGUCGCUAAUGUGAAAUCGCCACCGCGGGCUCGGAGCCGUAUGCCCCCGCCACUGGCCAGCACAGAAAUGGGCAAGAAGCAGACUAUCAAGGGAAAGAAGGAUUCACAGGAGACACAGGAGGAACCCGAAGAAUUUGUGGUGGAGAAAGUAUUGGACCAGCGACUUGUCAACGGCAAAGUAGAAUUCUUCUUGAAGUGGAAAGGAUUUACAGAUGCUGACAACACCUGGGAGCCAGAAGAGAACCUCGACUGUCCCGAGCUGAUCUCAGCAUUUUUGGAGGCGCAGAAGACCAUCACAGAGAAGCCUGCUCCGAUGAAGAGGAAGGCAUCAACAGACGAGCCAGAGACUGAGGCAAAGAAAAAAGAUGUGGCUGAGAAACCGCGGGGCUUUGCUCGGAACCUUGAUCCGGAACGGAUCAUCGGCGCAACAGACAGUAGCGGGGAGUUGAUGUUCUUGAUGAAAUGGAAAGACUCUGACGAAGCAGACUUGGUUCCAGCCCGUGAGGCGAACACUCGGUGCCCUCAGGUGGUCAUUUCCUUCUAUGAGGAGAGACUGACAUGGCAUUCCUGUCCCGAGGACGAAUCCCAGUAGUACUUUCCCGUGUUCCCUGCAGUCCUUUGCACCACCUACGCCCUUUUCCUCAGGACUGAAGUGUCUUCUCUGGCAUGCCUUCUAGUUUUAGCCUUGCUUAGUUAUUUCGGAAGUUGUUUCAAGACUUGAAAGGUGUGGCGGUCGAGGAGAGCUAUGUUUUUGUACAUAUUAGCUGAACUGGUGGUGAGAAAACAGGUGAUGGUGUUGUGAUGAAUCAUAAGUCUCCUGUCAUCAUAUUCUGAUUUUAUGUGGUGGCAGUUUUGAAACCAUACCUACCACUGCCUAUAGUCAUGUCUGGUCAAAUUUAAGUCAAUUUGGCUCCUUUUGGUUUGUCAAGCUUUCAACCACUUGUUAUAUUACCAUCUCUGUCUCAUUUAAGAUAAAUAUGUAUUGUUUUUCGAACUAGUGAUUUUUUUGUUUGUUCUAAAAGUGCAUUUUGUAUACUUUGUCUGUACAUAUUGUUUGAAGUUCUAAUAAAGGUUUUAUGUGACCAAA